AUGAGAACCUACGACGACACAUUCUCGGGCCAGAGAAUUUACCCUGGCAAGGGUAAGCUCUUUGUCCGUGGCGACAGCAAGAUCUUCCGCUUCCAGAACGGCAAGUCCGAGUCGCUCUUCCUCCAGCGCAAGAACCCCCGCCGCAUUGCCUGGACCGUUCUUUUCCGCAGACAGCACCGCAAGGGUAUCACUGAGGAGGCUGCCAAGAAGCGCACCCGCCGCACCGUCAAGGCCCAGCGUGCCAUCGUUGGUGCUUCCCUCGAUGUCAUCAAGGAGCGCCGAUCCAUGAGACCCGAGGCCCGCUCGGCUCAGCGAUCGCAAGCCAUCAAGGACGCCAAGGAGAAGAAGGCCGCCGAGGCCGCCGUCAAGAAGGAGGAGAAGGCCAAGCGUGCCACUACCGCCUCCAAGGGCCAGACUCAACGCAUUGUUGGCAAGCAGGGAGCCAAGGGUGCACAGCAGAAGGUCAAGGCCAGCACCCGCUAA